AGUGUUUACUACACAUUACAAAUGUUUACUCAUUUUCAUUUGGAUACUGACUAAUAAGUACUUUUUCUACUAACUUGUAAAUAACCUUAUAGUUAAUUUGCUCAGUAAAUUGUCGAAGAAAUAAAUUUUAUGAAACGAACUCAUUUUAUGAAAAUGUAACUCCCUUACCGCUGGUUUGUCUUGUGCUUUUCUUCUGGCAUCCCGUAUCCCAUCGGACCGGACCGCCAGUUAAUUUCAAGGUUUAAAGAGAGGAUUUCAAGGUGAUGAAAACAACAACACGAUGCUGCUGAAAUUUCGAAGCAGCGCACACCAAUUUGGCGCAGCCGCUAUCGUUUCUGGUUUUAUUUGUAAAACAUUAAGACCGGUUGGCCCCGCUGUUUUUGCGUCGCAUGGUGUACGAUAUUCUUCCCAUUUUUCCCAACGAUCUGCGCGUGCUCUCCCAUCGGCCCCGAAAUCCCAGGCGAAACCGAAUAAUGACGAUGCACUGCCUCUGGAAUUGGAUCAGGAUUAUGCGCACGCGCGGGAAUUCAUGCGGAUUCCCGGAACCCAGCAGCGCCUGUUUUUGGUGCAGCCUAGGCUAACAAAAUUCAGUCGAGAUAAAAAUCGUCGAAAUGAGCUAACCACGCUGGAACUGCAGAUGGACGAGAACAAAACACUGCUUUCUACCCUGGGAUGGACGGUCGAAGACACGAUUACCUUGAACGUGGGCUCAUACGACAGCUCCUACGUCUUUGGCAGUGGUAACUUCGAGAAGCUGGAGCAAGCGGUGCGAAAUUCCCCCGCGGUUUCGGGAAUUUUUUUCGGAAUUAAUAUUCUUAAAGCCAAGCAGCUGCGAGCGAUGAGGGAAGCUUUUCAACUACCCAUUUAUGACCGUUAUCGCAUUGUGCUGGAGAUAUUCCGGACGCAUGCCAAAACCCGCGAGGCCAAACUGCAGGUGGCCCUGGCCGAGCUGCCGUACGUGCGCCAUUGUCUUAUGGGUUGGAGUGAUCCCAGUGUGACAGCCGGUUUGCCUGUGCGUGGUUCUAGUGGAGGCGGAAGCAGUGGAGAAAGCUGGAGGGAAGCGCAGAAUAAAAUCAUACGGAAUCAGGAAGGCAAAUUGCGGGGGGCUUUGGAAAAGGUUAAAGAAAAUCGUCGACGAAUUAGGGAAAACCGGAUGCGAAGCCAAACCCCUACCAUUGCAGUAGUGGGAUACACGAAUGGCGGCAAAACCUCCCUGAUAAAAGCUCUAACGCAGGACAAUCGUUUAAUACCGGAAGAUAAACUGUUCGCCACUUUAGAUGUCACCACGCAUGGCGGAGUGUUACCCAAUAACGUGAAAGUUCUUUACGCGGACACCAUCGGGUUCAUUUCCGAUAUUCCCACUUUGCUGAUAGCGUCUUUUGGGGCGGUAUUAGAGGAAGUGGCCCUGGCGGAUGUUGUGGUGCAUGUGAGAGAUAUCAGUCAUCCGGAUGCUAAAUCUCAGAAAGCGACUGUCCUUAACCAACUUAAGGAUCUCAACUUACCAGAAAAACUUCUAGAAAAUGCUAUUGAAGUUUGCAAUAAAUGCGACAAAAUACCGAAAGAAUCGUGGUCAUCUGACAAAGUUGAUGCAGAUCCCAAUGCUAUUUUUGUGUCUGCUACACAAAAUAUUGGGAUCUUUGAACUGAGGCAGAGAGUCGAAGAAGCAGUCAUGAAAAAUGCUGACCUGUCUGAGAAAGUUUUCCGGAUUCCACAAAAUGGGAAAGAACUGAGCUGGUUAUAUAGAGAAGCAGAUAUUUACCGCGUCGAAGCUGAUCCUUCCGACUCAGAAUAUUUGAUUGUACACUGCACGGUUACUCCUGAGGUGUUUGCCAGAUUUGUUCAUGAAUUUCGAAAAAUUCAAGUACGCAGCCGUCAUUAUACGCCUCCUUCCCGGGAAGACUCCGUGGAUUCCUUGUAGUCAGUGGUCGGGAAUCAAAAUUACUGCUUUCAGUGCAUCUUCCUGUGAUGUUUGAAGUAGUGAACUGUUCCGACAAUUAUCUGGUUGUGAACAGAUGAGGGCAUUCGACAAGUUGAAUUACUAUUUUCUAGUAAUUUCUGGCCUUCGUUGGCGCAACUAUUGUGUACAUUAUUUUGUAAUAUCUAUAUGCUGAUAAAGUUUUUAUGGUUUGUG